CUCCUCGAAUCUGUUUUAUCGUCGGUAAACUGUAUAAAUGGUUCAUUUUUGUUUGAAGACGAGCGACAUUUUCUGCAUGGAGAAAAAGUUUGUGGAGUGAAUUUGGAUGACGUGAUGGAGACAUUCGGUGCUCUCGGUGAUUCAUCUGAUGCCCGUCAGUACGCCGAAUUGAUCAUUGAGACUUUGAACAUGUCUGUCUUUGCGGACGACUUCAAUCCCUCGGCGAUGGCAUCAGUAGAAGCUCUCCGGGUAUAUUUGAUAUUAGUAUGGUUUCAUGGUUUCGCAACGAAUGUGACGAAAGACACGGUAACCCGGCUACACUUGCCGUUUGCUGAGUCAAUAUCGAAGCUUCGACCAGCGUUCCGGAACUCAUUAGAAAAAUGGUGGGUUAAGCUACCUGUACGACAUUUCAAUCGCUUCGUCACAGUAAUGCUGUCAGCAGUACGAUGUUUGGUGAAGGAAAAGGUGGAUCCACAAGAGUGCAGGGCAUUUCUGGAGAUUUUGGAAUCAUUAUGCGCAAUUAAUAAGGUCACGAACAGUAUUCCGUUGGAAAAUUUUUACGUCCAUGAACUCGCUGAUAACUACAAUUUAAAAAUGGACUACGUAAAAUGGGCACAUGGUCAGGAAGGCAAAGAGACUCGAGUCACUUGUUGGUCAAGUUAUCCGUUUCUGAUGAAUGCGGCCGCAAAGGGCGAGCUGCUAUACGUUGAAGCGGUUAUCUCCAUGCAGGUUUGGAUGCUGUUGGGAGUUGAUCUUUUUCUCGGAACAACCAUUUAUUCAGCAGUUCGACUGAUGAGACGACACCAUAUCGUACAGGAUACAAUCAAUGGACUUUUAUCAUCUGAUCGGCGAUAUCUGCAGCGACCUUUGAGGGUUACGUUAAGCGACUAUUUUUUCCGUAUUGCUCGUGUUCCUGCCAAGGAUUUGUACGGUAUGUUUGUCGAAGAUCCAGACUCACACUUAGUGUGGUUCAGUGGAUAUGAUGUGGAAGAAGUGAAUUAUUAUAAGAUGGUCGGUAUACUGUGUGGAUUGGCUGUUUAUAACUCGGUUCUAGUAGCGUUCCCGUUCCCUCUUGCCCUUUACAAGAUUCUGCUUGGACAACAGCCUACCCUGGAAGAUCUUACGGAGCUGAGUCCGAUCGAAGGUCGAAGUCUUCAAGAUUUACUGGAUUAUCAGGGUGAUGAUUUCGAGGACGUGUUUUGCCUUAAUUUUACGAUAUCCUAUGCGGCUUUUGGCAGUACUGAGACGUUGGAUUUGAGACCAGGUGGAGCUGAUAUACCUGUCACGCAGUCCAAUAAGGUUGACUAUGUGCAGCGCUAUGUUCAUCAUCGACUAUGUAUUGGACGUAAUGGCGAAGUUGAACGACAAGCGGCAGCGUUUCGUGACGGUUUCAAACUGGUGUUGAAUAGUCGUAUCGUUGCAUUCUUUCAACCACGAGAACUCAUGGAACUAGUUAUUGGCAAUGAAAACUACGACUGGUCGGAGUUGCGCAAGGUCGGU